AUGCCUCCCAACCUUUCACGCUCCGUCACUUUAUUCAGAGUUCAUCACCAUCAUGGCCCCGGAUUGUCUGUCCUAUUCUCGGGGCAAUUUACUCCUUCACUAUCCUCGUUGUCGUUAUCGCUCCUGCUAAUCAUUUCGUUCCUGAUGCUUUUGCAGGAGCCAUUGUUUGCGGAUUGGGAUGGGCGGGGGAAUCCCAUUCCUCUAAACCCCUUUCCGCUGGAAGAUUACCUUUUCCACCCGUUGAAGACCCAUAAGCCGGAACAGGGACCCCUAUAUCCAUAUGUCCACUCCCUAUGCCGGGAUGCCAUGCGUUGGUGUAUUUUCGGUGACUAA